UCGGUCGGUCGGCCAUGUUUGUUUAUGACGAGUACGCGUGCAGCGAAGACGGAAAGCCGGCGUCUGCGAAAUUUUUGCUGAUUUAGGUCAAAAAACUGCCCGAGAUGUCGUACAAAGGCCCGCAAAAGGUGCAGAAGGUGAUGGUGCAGCCCAUCAACCUGAUUUUCCGUUACCUGCAAAACAGGUCACGCGUCCAAGUCUGGCUCUAUGAAAACAUCAACCUCAGGAUAGAAGGUCACAUCGUUGGCUUUGACGAAUACAUGAAUCUUGUUCUGGACGAUGCUGAGGAAGUCAACAUUAAGAAUAAGGGAAGGAAGACGCUAGGCAGGAUAAUGCUGAAAGGCGACAACAUCACCUUGAUCCAGAAUGUGAACCCUGCAGAAUAGUGUUGUUUACAUUUGGACUGUACAUAUUGAUCUACUGAAUUGACUUUAUCAUUUACUUAGGCGUAUAAAAUCUACUGCAUUUUUCUAACUGGCCCAAAAUGCCAAUGCUUGACCUUCUUACAAACCAUCUUGCAUUAAAUUGUCACCAAUAAAUUUAAAUGUUGAGAACUUGAA